AUGCCUAGUCUAGUGGUAUCUGGAAUAAUGGAAAGAAAUGGGGGCUUUGGAGAACUAGGAUGUUUCGGGGGAAGCGCUAAGGACCGAGGGCUGCUGGAAGACGAGCGCGCCCUUCAGCUGGCUCUCGAUCAACUCUGCCUCCUGGGUUUGGGGGAGCCCCCCGCCCCCACGGCAGGCGAGGACGGGGGAGGUGGGGGGGGCGGCGCCCCUGCGCAGCCGGCUGCUCCCCCGCAGCCGGCCCCACCGCCGCCGCCCGCGGCGCCCCCGGCCGCCCCGACGGCGGCCCCCGCGGCGCAGACGCCUCAGCCCCCCACCGCCCCCAAAGGGGCCAGCGACGCCAAGCUCUGCGCCCUCUACAAAGAGGCCGAGCUGCGGCUGAAGGGCAGCAGCAACACCACCGAGUGUGUACCCGUGCCCACCUCCGAGCACGUGGCCGAGAUCGUGGGCAGGCAAGGUUGCAAGAUUAAGGCUCUGAGGGCCAAGACCAACACCUACAUCAAGACUCCAGUGCGGGGCGAGGAGCCAGUGUUCAUGGUGACUGGGCGGCGGGAGGACGUGGCCACAGCCAGAAGGGAAAUCAUCUCAGCGGCGGAGCACUUCUCCAUGAUCCGAGCGUCACGCAACAAGUCCGGUGCUGCGUUUGGUGUGGCUCCUGCCCUGCCUGGCCAGGUGACCAUUCGCGUGCGAGUGCCCUACCGCGUGGUGGGGCUGGUGGUGGGCCCCAAGGGGGCCACCAUCAAGCGCAUCCAGCAGCAGACCAACACUUACAUUAUCACGCCGAGCCGUGACCGCGACCCAGUGUUCGAGAUCACGGGUGCCCCAGGCAACGUGGAGCGUGCACGCGAGGAGAUUGAGACACACAUCGCAGUGCGCACUGGCAAGAUCCUCGAGUACAACAAUGAAAAUGAUUUCCUGGCAGGGAGCCCCGACACUGCCCUGGACAGCCGCUAUUCUGAGGCUUGGCGGGUGCACCCGCCUGCCUGCAAGCCUCUCUCCACCUUCCGGCAGAACAGCUUGGGCUGCAUUGGAGAGUGCACCGCGGACUCUGGCUUUGAGACCCCACGCUUGGGUGAGCAGGGCGGGGACUUUGGCUACAGCGGGUACUUGUUUCCUGGCUACAGUGUGGGCAAGCAGGAUGUGUACUACGGGGUAGCAGAGACCAGCCCCCCGCUAUGGGCGGGCCAGGAGAAUGCCACGCCCACCUCAGUGCUCUUCUCCUCUGCCUCCUCCUCCUCCUCUUCUUCUGCCAAGACGCGUGCUGGUCCCCCAGGAGUGAACCGCUCUCCUGCCACCUCCUCCUCAGAGCUGGCAGGACUCCCAAGACGCCCACCUGGAGAACCACUUCAGGGCUUCUCCAAACUUGGGGGUGGAGGCCUGCGGAGCCCUGGUGGCGGAAGGGAUUGCAUGGUGUGCUUCGAGAGUGAGGUGACUGCGGCCCUUGUGCCCUGUGGACACAACCUGUUUUGCAUGGAGUGUGCCGUACGCAUCUGCGAGAGGACGGACCCUGAGUGCCCUGUCUGCCACAUCACAGCCACGCAAGCCAUCAGAAUAUUCUCCUAAGCCUCCUGCCCCGUGCCCACUGGGGCCACUCCCCGCGGGCCUGCCCCCGGGGCUGUUUUCCACCAGAGCCUUUUGGAAAUCAGUAAUUUGAGGGGCAAGGUGCUUAGAGAUACUUGCUGGGAGAGGGGAGGGAAGGCUAUGGUGGCUGGAGG